CGCCAGCCAUCUCUGGAUCCACUGGAGCCUGAAGCCCGAGGAGACCCAUGAGGAACAUGGUGGGGACGGAGAAGAAGGUCCUGGGGAUGGCCGGCGCUCCCAGCUACCCAGGAUGUUCGGGCGCCGGCAUGAAGAGCGCCAGGCUGUCCGUCUGGGCCGUGCCGCCGCCCAUCCCCAUGUCGCCCAUCGUGGAGAAGAUGGAGGGUCUGAAGGCCAUCAGGAACCGCAGCAACAGCCUGCGUCUGGGCCGACUGGCCUUCUACCGCCACCUGGAGAAGGUGGAGACCAUGCGCUGCUUCUGGGAGCUGAAGCACGUGGAGCUGGAGGGAAAAGACGACAAGAAGCAGGUCCUGAAGAACCUGAAGAGCCAGAAGAAGAGGAGUCCCCCUGACUCUCCAGACCCUCUGGUGGAGCCGCUUCGUCCAGAGCAGGUGGAGAACGCAGAGGGAGGAGCUGAGCUGAUCCAGCAGAACGACAGCAAGAAGACUUUGUCCGAGAGUGAGGAUGACGAGGAGGUGGUCGUCUUCGAGGACUCGGAGGAGGAGAGCAAGUCCAGGCCCCAGCAGGUGUUGGGGGGUCCCGGUGAGGAGGACCACAGGGGGCCAGCGGAGCAGGAGGAGGACCAGGAGGCCCCUCAAGAGAAGUACGAGUCCUCGACCGGCGCUCAGGAGGCGGAGUCUCAGACGGCUGUUUGUGUGCGCAGCGGCAGCAAACGGCGAGUCACCGAGGAGGACCUGGAGACAGAGGACCUGAAGAAGAGCCGAGUGGAGGGCGAGGAGGAGGAGCCGCCGGAGGACACGGCCGACAAGGAGUUCUUCAUCGACUCCAGCCCCCCACCUCUGGCCCCCUUCGACCACCGCAUCGUGACGCCCAAGCCCCACCAGAUCGCCUCCUACUACACCAUCAACAGGGACGAGGUCCUGGGCGGGGGGCGCUUCGGCCAGGUCCACAAAUGCAUGGAGAAGUCGUCGGGCCUGACGCUGGCGGCCAAGAUCAUCAAGGCCAAGAGUCCGAAGGAGAAGGACGUGGUGAGGAACGAGAUCCAGGUGAUGAACCAGCUGGACCACUCCAACCUCAUCCAGCUGUAUGCCGCCUUCGAGUCCCGCCACGACAUCAUCCUCGUCAUGGAGUACGUGGAGGGCGGCGAGCUCUUCGACCGCAUCAUCGACGAGAACUACAACCUGACGGAGCUGGACACGGUGCUGUUCAUCCGGCAGAUCUGUGAGGGCCUGCAGUACAUGCACAAGAUGUACAUCCUGCACCUGGACCUGAAGCCCGAGAACAUCCUGUGCGUCAGCAGAGCCACCAACAAGAUCAAGAUCAUCGACUUCGGACUGGCCAGGAGGUACAAACCCAGGGAGAAGCUGCGGGUCAACUUUGGGACGCCCGAGUUUCUGGCUCCUGAAGUUAUCAACUAUGAGUUUGUUUCGUUUCCCACCGACAUGUGGAGCCUGGGAGUCAUCGCCUACAUGCUGCUCAGCGGCCUGUCUCCCUUCCUGGGCGACGACGACAACGAGACCCUGAACAACAUCCUGGCGUGUCAGUGGAACUUCGAGGAGGAAGAGUUCGCCGACGUCUCGGACCAGGCCAAGGACUUCAUCACGCUGCUGCUGGUGAAGAGCAAGAGCUGGAGGAUGAGCGCGUCCGAGUCGCUGCGCCACCCCUGGCUGUCGGACGCCAACCUGCACUACCGGCUCAACCUCAAGAAGAACCGCUGCCACUCUGCUCGCACUUCUUCUACAGAGAGUUAAACAGAACCCACUCGCCCCUCAGCGUGGUGCUGACUGGGCCGGGCCUGGAGGCCCGUCACUGGACCAACGCUGCUGGAACUUGACAGGAGAAGGAGGCCGCGAGGAGGACAUCUGGACCCGAGACACGGGCCGGGUCCUGUGACCCGUGCUGGAGGUCCUGACCAGCACGCCGGAGCCGCGCCGCGCCGCGCCGCACCACGCCCUCAUGGAGCACCACUCCACUCUUGCUUUUGUGUUGGACCACAGUGUGUGUGUGUCGGUGCAGCGUCCUGGGCUGGGCCGCUGAGGCUGGACCUAUGGGACUCACUGACGCCUCCCGCUCGGACUCCUUCUGCCUCCUUUCUCUGUCUUUGCUUUCUUGGAGUCUUAUGAGGACAGUCGAGGCCAGCUGGAGUCUCCUGGCUCCGGGGCCGCGCUCAGGCGCAGGAACACUGAACUACCUACCGUGACUGUUUGGCCUUGGAUUC